GGCCGCGCCGCGCCGGGCGGAGGCACAGGCCGUACAGCGCCGCAGGGGCGCGGGCGGGGGCCGGCAGCGCCGGGCGUGUGGGCUGCGGGGCACGGCACGGGCGGGCGCUAAAGACCCGGGCGGGGGGACGGCGGAACGGCGGGUGCUGCUGCCGCUGCUGCCGCCCAUCGUCUCGGCGGAGCUGCCGGCGCGCGUCAGGUGGUGUGUUAAGCGAAAAGAUGGGAGUAAUCGAGACGGAAAUAACAAUUGCAUAGCCGCUUGCGUGGGGGAGCGGAAAACCUGGGGGUCUCUUUAAUUCUUUCCGCUGCUCCUCGUACGGUGUUUUGUUUUCUCUUUCCCCCUGCUGCCCGGGGGAAGGGCUGCCUCUUUGCUGUUCGGCUGCGAAGAGUCUCCCUGAACGGCGCGGGGGGAAGCAGCAGGGUGGGAUUCCGUUGGCUUCAGUGGGGCCCUUGCCAGGCUCCUGAGUUUAUCCAGGUAGCGGUGGAGUCGCUGUGAUCGCAGCUUAUGACGAGCUACUGCUGUUAGAGCUGAAGAAAAUUCAUUCGGAAUCACUGCGUGUGUCUGCUCAAAUGAAAUGUUUGUGAGAGCUUAUAAUGGAAGUGCCGAGAGGACUUUAAUCCCCCUGAGCAUUCGUUCGUUUGGCUACAGGCAGCUCAGAAAUAUCAGUGCCAUAACCAUACAUGCUUCAACGUCAGAACUUGGACGCUUUUGAUGCCUUAUAUGAUAAAAAUUUUAUGAUCUCCAAUCCUCCCAGAGGAAUGACCAGAGACUGUGCUUAGGCCCGGCUAAUGUGGCUGCCCUCAGUCGGUAACCAGUACCUGCAGCCUUGCCACUGUGCAGUUGUGAAUAAAAACGUAAUCCGUUAAAUGUCGCUUUAUUUCCCCAAAUCUAGAAUUUAAGGGGAACAGGAGUGCAUCUGCAAGAUGCCUGUGUAGGUUUUGAAGCUUCUUACUGAUAUUUCCAUUAACCUUUAUUAUAAGUGAGGUUAUUUGUUUGGUUUAGAACACUGGAUGAGAGAUACUAAUUCCCUUUUUUUGCUUUUUGGUCAGUUUUCCCUUUUAAACAUUAUGAAUGAAAAGUUCAUUUGUCACUUUUGCUAUUAGUGGAUUUCACUACUUUAUCCCACCCUACAGCUGUCUGUAGCCACUAACAGUUACAGACAGUUUGCUUUUUUGACUUUUCAGUGUCCUGUUAAGGUGAUUUUUUUAAUAAAGCUGUCACUAUUUUUUUCAACUCAUAAAAAAGCUCAAUUAUAUUUUACAUUGUUUUAUUUGGGUUUCUAAAUUUUACAGUAGCAUAAAAUAGAUGCCCCAAAUUCACUAUUUGAAUAGGCUGCGUUAACAAUUGAUGUUGUAGAGUGUUGUUUACUCCACAGAAGAUUUAAAUGUCUUCAGAAGACAAAGAAGCUCAGGAGGAUGAGCUGCUGGCUUUGGCUAGCAUUUAUGAUGAAGAUGAGUUUAGGAGAGCCAAGACUGCCCAAGGAGGAGAAACUCGAGUUUGCCUGGAGUUGCCCCAAAACUUCAAAGUUUUUGUGAGUGGCAAUCCCACAGAGAGCCUCCAGAGCAACAGGUUCGAGUACACCGUUCGCUUUCUGCCUCCCCUUGUGCUGAAUUUUGAACUCCCACCAGACUACCCAUCCACCUCCCCACCGGUGUUUACCCUCAGUGGAAAAUGGCUCUCCCAAGCCCAGCUCAGUGCUCUUUGCAAACACUUGGACAACAUAUGGGAAGAGAGGAGAGGCUGUGUGGUCUUAUUUGCCUGGAUGCAGUUCCUGAAGGAAGAAACACUGAGUUACCUGAAUAUUUCCUCCCCACAUGAGCUAAAACUGUGCCAUCAGGGGAAUAUGCAGAGUAGGACACCUUUGGUCCCUGUUGACACCGAGGACUGUGGUGGUGCAGAAGGCUCUGCCGCAGCUGAAGAAGAGGUGAUGGAUGCAAGAGCUGUGCAGGAUGUGGAUUCCCUGUCGAGUCUGAUUAGGGAAAUCUUGGACUUUGAUCAGGCUCAGAGGAGGAAGUGCUUUAACAGAAAGAUGUACUUGUGCAAUAUCUGCUUGUGUAAGAAGUUGGGCAGUGAAUGUAUGUACUUCACCGAGUGCAGCCACGUGUACUGCAAAGCAUGCCUGAAGGACUACUUUGAGAUACAGAUAAGGGAUGGUCAGGUCCACUGUCUCAACUGUCCAGAGCCGAAGUGUUCUUCCGUUGCUACUCCUGGCCAGGUUAAAGAACUGGUUGGAGAGGAGCUGUUUGCACGUUACGACCGCCUGCUUCUGCAGUCCAGCUUGGACCUCAUGGCAGAUGUUGUGUACUGCCCACGCCCGGGCUGCCAGACACCAGUCAUGCAAGAGCCAGGUUGCACCAUGGGCAUCUGUUCCUGUUGCAACUAUGCUUUUUGUACUCUCUGUAAAAUGACUUACCAUGGGGUCUCUCCAUGUAAAGUCACAGCAGAGAAAUUAAUGGAUUUACGAGAUGAUUAUUUAAACGCAGAUGAGGCAAAUAAAAGAUUUUUGGAACAACGCUACGGCAAACGAGUGAUUCAGAAAGCCCUUGAGGAGCUGGAGAGUAAAGAAUGGCUAGAAAAGAACUCCAAGUCUUGUCCUUGCUGUGGUACUCCUAUAGAGAAACUAGAUGGCUGUAACAAGAUGACGUGUACUGGCUGCAUGCAGUAUUUCUGCUGGCUUUGUAUGGGUUUUCUGUCGAGGGUGAACCCCUACAGGCACUUCAGUGAUCCAGCCUCCCCGUGCUUUAACAGAUUGUUUGAAGCCAUGCAAAUUGAUGGUGAGGUCUGGGAAGCUUAGGAUGAAGGCUAGUAGUAAUCUCCAGCCACAAAGGCUGAACAAACCAGAGACAGAUGCUUUCCAUUUUGGUGUCCAGUUUGUUUGCUUUUCACUUCCAUUAUAUGAUAAAAGAAUGACUGCCUUGCACUGCGGGAUACUCACACACCAGAGGCUGUUGCCAAAACCAAAGGAGACCAUUUUACUCAUCCUGUGGUCAGGAUCAUCACCGAAGGCCCUAAACGCAAUACCUAUUGCUAAAGACAGAUACAACCAGUUACAAGUUGGAAAAUAACUGGAAAAAUAUUUUCUAAGAGGUGUCCCUUUUUCAAAAGCAAACAAAGAAAAGUGCAGCCCCAAAUCAUAGAACUGUUUAUGAGUGGCCUUCUGGGAGACUGUCUUUUUGGGGAUCUUGGCUCAUAUCCAUUGGGGGGUUUCAGGUGGUUUUAUUGUAGCUGUAGGGCUCUUUCUGGAGCUGUUAAGUGAUGCUGCUUGGUCAGGGAAAGUGUUCUGAGACUACAGAUUUAUUCUGUAUUCAGCAACGGAACCUGUUGCUUCUAUAGCUUUUCCUGACCUCUUUCUCUGAAAAGCAGCUCCUUGUUCUAUCACUGAUACUUUCUAUUGAUGUUGAAGGUGAUUAUCCCUAACCCCCUCUUCUUGCUGCAUGUAACACCUGGGGCUUUGCGUUACUGUAUGCUUUGGCAGAAAAUGACCAACAGCCAUUCCCAGAAAUUUCAAGCAGUUUGGUGACUCAUCUCAGUGUUGCAGUUGUAUUCACUCACGUUGCCUCUCCUUUUCACAGCCAUGAGAGCUAAGGCAAUGGACUGAGAUGUGUCCAGGGAGAGGAUGACAAGGUCAGCCAGCUAUUGAAACACAUUUUUAUGGAUAUAUAGUUGAGAUUAACCUGAAUUCUUCAAGAGACUGAAAAUUACCUUGUCUUCUCAGAUGCUGAAGUAACUUAUUUUUUAUUAACUCUUCAUAUAAGAAAUUUGACUAGCUGAUGGUUUUGCUUCUGGACUAAAUACCUUAUCUCCACUGUUUUUCACUUCAAAUUGUUUCAGAAACCAAAUUUGUUUUCCUAAAAAUCUCAGUAAGUAAUUUUUUGAGCAUGAAAGUAAUUACUGGAGGGAACCACUGCCUUUUUAGAAGUUUUUCCACUUGCAGAAUGGUCUGAAAAUUUGAAAUGGAAACUGCAUGUGCUGUGUUUAAAACAGCAGGGUCAAGAUGGAUAGCUCAGGAGCUGGAACACUUCAGAAACACCUCUCAGUUUUGGCUGUUAGUCAAUAAAUUUAUAUUUGGAUAUCUGGCCAAAAUAAGUGCUGAUUUAGUUCCUUUCACAGAGGAGGAAAGUCCAUACUGUCAGACUUUGCAGUGAUUACAAAGACAAGAAAAGUCAAGAGCAGAACUCUUGGCUUGGCUUAGGCUAUAGGCCUAAGCCUAUAGGGAGAGGUUCCAUUGGGUAUGGUUUACAUUGUAUUUCCUGCACCUUUCACAUGCACUAAAUUCACUUUAAGACAGCAAACACAGUUGUGUCCCUGGUUGUCUUCAUUAUGGCUUGGAUGUGGCAACACAGGCCCUUGUGUGGGACAAGACAGAGCCGAGCUCUGUUUCUAGCUGGUGAUGGCCUCCAGAGCCAGGGACCAGACCUGGGCUCACACAAAGCUCCCAGCUGGAGCUGCCCAGGACGAGUCCUGCAGAUAGAAGCUUGGGGGUUUGUGUAUGCCAAGUGCCCUCACCCCCACACAGCCAUGUUUUACCCUGGGAGAUACAAGCCCCCUCCUGAUAGAUGGUCAUUCUUGUGACACUGCUCUGGGGUGGCUGCAGUCAGCUUUAAGCUGCCAGCCCUGCACUCAUUUCCAUUCUGGCCACAAUUUUUAGCUCUAUGGGCUGAGGCCAAAAGCUGCACGUUCAGAAGGGGCUUUGUUCCUGCUAAGCUGCCUACGUGGACAGAAUGGCGGGAUGGCGGGGAAUGUUUGGGAUGAGAAGCAUGCACAUGAACCUGCCUGGAGGAGAUGCUGUUGGAGCUCUUAAACCUAGAAGAGGCUGGGCAGAUCCCAGCUGGGACAGAGGUGGGCCAAGGGCAGGGCCUGGACACCAAAGGCUAGGUUGGGAUGAAAAGUUAUUGCUGGGGACAUCCUCCAGAACUGCCAGAGCACACACAGUAUGCAGGUAUUGCAAUGAGCUCCCUCUGCUUCUAAGAGCUUUAUGUGGGGAGAGGAGGAAUGUUAGUCACCUCCAUGAAUUCUGGGAACUCAUGAGCCCCUGGGCCUGAGCUCCCCAGCCUGCAGUGAGUUGGAGGAGGACAGACCCUCUGAGGACGGGCAAGCAGGUGACUGCGCUCACAGGGAUAUCAGCUGGUGUCGCAAAGGUAGGACAGCUAAAACCAGAGCCUGCCUUCACAGAGAGUGAGGGAAGCAGCUCUGGUAACGUGCUGAGCUUCUUCCUCAUUGUUAUUUCCUUCUUGCAAACCUCACUUUCAGCAUUUCUCUGCAUGCACAGCAGCAUUAGAUUAUUUACUGAGGUUUUGCAGUAAACGCUAGAGAGCUGUGACCUUCCUUUCUCCUUUAAACAUCUCCACUGGUUCAUAUGAAAUGGCUGCUGCCUGGCAGGACAGAACCAUGGCAGGUGUUUGGCAGAAACCUGCCAGUGAACCCUGGACAAGGCACGGAGCUCUCUCUACCAACCUCUUUUCAAUACAGCUUUGGUCCUAAGAGAAAUAACAAGCCUUUCUCACCCUUUGAAGGUUUUUUCUAUUAAAAAUGGUAUGAGGAGCCCUGUUCAGCGACAUCAACAGUUCUCUGUUUCACCAGCACCAUGAGACUGCGCACCAGAAACCUGCCCACCUGAGUACAGGAGAAAGCACCAGGGCAGAGAAAAUGUACACUGAAGCUGAACAGGUCUUGAAAACCUCAUAAGGAUAGAGCUUGCUCCCCUGCUCAGCUGUCCUCAGGCCUUGUACCCACUCUCAGCAUUUUGUCUGGACUCCAGCCCCCAUCUCUUCUCAUCUUGACCCUGCACGCUGCACAGGAGAGCCUGCCUUCAUCACACUACUCCUAGGUCAUGCUGAAGCUUUCCCUUCGCCAGGCUGAAGCAGCUCAGUUCCCAUUAAAAAUGCCUGUAAGGUAAGAGUGUUUUGUGCAGGGGGAACAACACACAAGGUACUUGUCCUAACUGAAUGGGAUACAGCCCAAAGUAGUGAUCCAUUUGUUUGCUGCACCAUUGUACUUACACAUGUCUUCACAUUUAAGUUUUGAGGCCUUCACGCCACGACUACAGUUGCUUCAUAGAUUAAACAACUCAUUCUCCAUUUAAUUUACCUUCAGAGAGUAAGCUGCUGAUGGAAGCUUGUGGAACACAGUAAACUGGAUCCCAUCCUCAGUUAAUUAAAGCAGGUGUUUGCCAUCUGUCUUUUUAAUGGAGAAAAGCAAGCACAUAAUCAUUUUGCUAAUUUAAGAACAAACAUGAGCUUCUGCACAAUUCCUUUUUUUCACAGCUGGUUUUCAACAGAAGUCUGGUUCAGCACUACUCUGAACAGUGAGAUUAAUCACUGUAUGGCUUCUUAGAUUGGCUUUGUUCUGCUCCUGUCUCCUUCAUGCUGUACAAGGGUUCCACAAGCUUGUUGUGAACCAUCAUUAGACCUGAUGUGGCAAGUAAAAAGAUGACUUAGACAGACAUAAUGCAGCAAAAUUCUCAUUCACUAGAUGCUAAUGAAAUUAGGCAUUGCUAGAGUCCUUGCUCCUUUGCUUCCAUGCCCACACACUUAAGCAUUCCCUUUGCAUUUUCAUUCUAUUUAAGGAAUGUACUCCUUUGGGAGCUGAGUAAAUAGAAACAUUUAACACAUAGCAUGGCUUAUGCUGCUUAAAAUUUCAAGUACAACAGCUGCUUGGCCUGGCUGAACUCACCUUUGAAGUAUUUCACUGUCUUAACUUUGAGUUCCAGCGUGGCGUCUUCAUCACACACAAACACAGUGUUGGGGUGUUGCUGGAAAGCAGACACCGUCCACAUGUGGUUGACACCUUCCUCAAUGGCUUUGUACAACGCAAAGGCUUUGUGGGCGCCUGUGAUAAGAAUCAUCACCUGGACUCCAAGACACAGAGGAUGGCAGUUACUGUCUAGAAGAUGCUUUCAGAGAGUACACUCACACCUUGCUCAAGGGGGAGAGACCUGCUGCAGCCCUCAAGAGGGGACUACAUCUGUCCUCCACCCCAGAGCUCUCCAUGGAUCCCAACUGCACUGCAGGGUUACACAAAGGCAAGUGGCAGCACAGCAAAAAUGGAAGACACAGCAAGAGGCUUUCCACAGUGUUGCAGGACGCAAGAGAAGAGGAGGAUGAGGGAUUCAGCUGCCUGUGGUGGGAAAAGCAGGAGCUGGCCUACGCCAGCAGGGUGCAUUGCUGCUCCAAGACUGGGUAAUCCUCAGCUGCUCCUGGAAGCACUGCUCAACAGCUACUGUAUGAAGUUGCUGCCUUUCUCCUAACCUCUCUAGCAUCCAUGACAGUGCCUACUCCAACCGUCAAAGCCAUUGUGGGGACUUUGGAGAGGUCACCAUCAAAGAAUCUGGCGUUGGCCAAUAUAGUGUCCAUGGCCAAGGUCUUCACUCGUGUCCUGGACACCAAACUUGAUCCAGGCUCAUUGAAGGCAAUGUGACCAUCUGGGCCAAUACCUGUGACAGAGAGAGUUUAAGAAGGUUGUUAACAGUUAGUGUAGGGAGCAGAGCCAGCAGCACGCCUUUCAGAAGGACAUUCAGUGCUUCAGGAAUAGAUACAGACCCAAGGAAAACAGUUGCCAUUUUUCUGCUUAUGCUCAAAUUUGCUUACGGUAGUAAGGAUAGCAAAAGCCUCCUCUGAAGCCAACAGAGACUCCUCCCUAACUAUGCUGGGACAGCAAUACAGCAAAGUAGACAGCAGACUCUUAAGGCAAACUGAUGAGAAAAACUCACGUUGAGUUCCUGGUGGCUCAGAGGACUCUGACUGCUCCUAGCAGUUUCCUGUUCAACACUGGAAAUUGUAAUACAUUUUAUGUUUGGUACAAUGCUAGCUAGCUCUGCCUGUUUCUCCAGCUAAUCACUUCCUGAACAAUUCACUGCCUGGACUGAAAUACUUAAAAACUGGGGAAGUGGUACACUGGAAGCCAAGGCUGCCAGCACACCCAAGAGCCAGGGCAAUGAUGUAUAGGUUGCCUUUCACUGCAGAUCCACUGAACUGCACUGAAAGUAAACUCUCCUGACAGUAAAUGAGGUAGUUGGUGGAGGACGGGCAGUGCUUCCUGCCAGUGUUUAGAGAAUGACGGGCCUUCAGGUUUUCACCUCCAACAAAGAGUUCGAUUCCUCCAGCUGCCUUGAUUUUAUCCUCAAAUGCAUCACACUCUGCCUGUAGAUCAGGUGCAUUUCCAUCCAAAAUGUGGACGUUUUCUGCUGAGAUGUCAAUGUGCUUAAAGAGGUUAUUCCACAUGAAGGAAUGGUAACUUUCCGGGUGAUCCCUUGGGAGACCUGGUAACAGAGUAUGCAUGGGAUUAAGACUAACUGAAAGAAUAUCACCCAUAACAUAAACCACCGACACACCCUUGCAGGAGCUUUCAUAAUAGAGCACUGCUUUCGCUGUCAUUUGUGACUCCCUCAGCUUUCAUGAGGGGUUUUUUUAUUUCUCUGAAUAAAAAAAUUCUCUAAGA